AUGAGAAUCCAGAAGUGUUACUUCUGUGGUGGAAGUAUAUACCCAGGACAUGGGAUGAUGUUUGUCCGUAAUGACGGGUGCUGCUUCUGGUUUUGUAGGUCGAAGUGCCAUAAGAGUUUCAAGAUGAAACGUAACCCACGUAAGUUCAAAUGGGCGCAGGCAUACAGAAUGACAACGGGUCGUGAGAUGACCGUCGACAAGACACUCGACUUUGAAAUGAAGAGAAACCGCCCAGUCAGAUAUAACAGAGAGUUGUACGCCAAGACUAUCACGGCAAUGAAACGUAUCGAACAAAUUAGACAGAGAAGAAGACUCACUCAUUAUAUCGAACGUAUCAGACCUGGCAAACAACAAGAAAUUAGACAGAAGAUCAAACAUAUCAACAAAAACAUCGACUCGUUGCCAUUGUUGAAAUUAAGAGCUACAAAGUCGAGUGUCCCAAUUUAUAACCAACACUUGAAACGACGCGCAAUUUUGAAGAAGGCCAACGAAACUCAGCAGAAGGUUACUGAUAAGAUGGAGACUGAGGAAAUCGAUAAAGUUUGA